AUGCCUGUCAACGCCACCUCGAACGGCCCAGCGUCGCUGCCGACACCAGGCCUUUCUACGGCUGCGUUGCACGCCGAUCAUCCCGAUCAUCUGAUGGAUGCCAACUAUGCGCUCGCGCCUUCGAUGAGCCUGUCGACCACGUUUCGAUCUCCUCACCCCGAGUCUGCGCACGCGAAAUUGCUCGACGAUGUAGGCAAGGGUGAAGCCGAGUUUGACAUGCAGGACCCCGAGUUCCACAUCUACUCGCGUUACUCUCAGUCGACCAACAUUCGUUGCGAAAAGGUGCUCUCGCAGAUCAUGAAGGCCAAUGCUCUGACGUACAGUUGCGGUCUCUCUGCUGCACACGCUGCCGUUCUGCACUAUGCGCCCUCGGUGAUUGCCAUUAGGCGAGGAUAUCAUGGUGUGCAUGUUUCGAUUCAGCUCUAUUGCCGUGGCCGCAACGUCAAGCUCAUCGACCUCGACGACGACUACGCUGCAGCCGUUGCUGGAGCGAGCAGUAACAGCAGCAGCAGCAGCAGCAGCAGCAGCAGCGAAGAAGCUUCCGGAAAGCAAGCCGCAGUGCAGCGAGGUGGACUGCUUGUCUGGGUCGAGACUCCGCUCAACCCUUCUGGUGAGGCAAGAGAUCUGGCUAAGUACGUGUCCAAGGCCAAAGCAGUCCCCGGGGCUCACGUUAUCGUCGACUCGACGUUUGCUCCGCCGCCUCUGCAGGACCCGUUCGAGCAGGGCGCCGACAUGGUCAUGCAUUCAGGCACCAAGUACUUUGGCGGACAUUCCGACUUGCUGUGCGGUGUUUUGGCGGUCAAAGAUAAGAAGGAGUGGGACAGUCUAUGGACGGACCGAACCUACUUUGGCGCCAACUUGGGCAGCAUGGAGGCGUAUCUGCUGUUGCGUUCGCUCCGAACGUUGACGGUGAGGGUGCAGAAGCAGUCGAAGACAGCUACGCUGCUGGCGGCGUGGCUGCACACGCUGAGCGGAUCAGGCGGCGCAGUUGCAGCAGAGGACAAAGCGUUCGCAGACGGCAAGAUCAUCGCACGCACGUACCACUCUUCCCUGCAGCCGCGCACUGACCUCGACGAUGUGGUCACCAAAGGCGCUACACCCGAAGACCCCACCUUCGACCCAUCCCACCAGAUGCCAGGUGGCCACGCCCCUACCUUUGCCUUCCGAACGGUCAAGCCCGAGUACGCCACCUUCAUCCCGCACCUUACCACCUACUUUACUCCAGCUACCUCGCUCGGUGGAGUCGAGAGUCUCCUCGAGCACCGCAUCAAGUCGGAUCCCACCGAAGACCCGAGGAUCGUUCGCGUCUCGGUUGGUCUGGAAGAGUUUGAAGACCUCCGCGCUGAUCUGAGGGCUGCCUUUAAGCGUGUCCUGGAGCGCAAC